UCCAGCCCGGGCGUUCUUUUUCCCACCGAGUCGGAGCUGCAGGUUCUCUUUUCGAGAAAGAGGUUUCGGUGAUGUAGUGAGAUGAACUUUGAAGCUGAGUACAUAAACAAUUUGCAAAAACAAAUCUGCUUACUAGAAUAUGAGACAACUUAUCUUAGAGAGAAGGCUAAGAAUGCUACACAUAUCCCACCUAAAAUUACUAGAAAAGCUGAGACGCUAUUGCAGGCAAUGAAGGAACUGGAAGCUACCAUAAACAGAACAGAAAUAGAUAUAGCAAAGAAAGAAAAUAGCACCAUGCUCUAUGAAGCUGAAACUCAAGCAAUACACAAACGUCUUCAAAUACUGUCUGAUGCAAGUGCUAAAGAAAAACUGCUAUUAAUGGAGGAGGUUACAAAACUGAAGAAAAUGGUUGAACACUCUACCCAGGCUAAUUCACGCAAAGAAGCAGAACUGCUAAAAAUUCAGAGAGAAAUGCAAGAGACUGUGAAUUCAGUGAAAGAAAAAGAACAUGCUGUCUGCCUUUUGGAAUCAAAAUGUCAGCAGAAGAUUUGGCAGUACCAGGACAUGGAAAAAAACCUGUCAGAACUCAGAUCACAGUGCACACAACUGCAAGCACUGCUCUACCGCUUAGAAGAGAAAUUAUCAGCAAGCUCCCAAUCUCCACAAGAGACUAUUGUCAAGGAACUUAGUGAGGAAGCUGAAAAAUUAAGGCAGAUCCUCAAGGAAAAUGAGCUUUCAGCUGAUGAAGAUAAAUAUUUGCUCAACAAGAUGGCAGAAGAUUGUGGACAUCUGACAAAGGAGAAUAGUCUUUUACAUGCUCAAAUACAGAAAGUUACCAAGCAUCUAAAGCAGGAAAGGCAGCUGAGAGCGGAGGAGACUUCUUCCUAUUCAAGAAGAGUGGCUGAGCUAGCAUCAGGAAGAGAGAAAACAUGGCAAUUUAAGCUGAAACUCACCCACUUUAAGACUCUGUUACAAAACAUAAGACAGAAAGUUCUUAAAGCCCAGGAACAGUUACAUCUACAAGAAAGAAAAUCUAUGGAUCACAAAAGGCAACAUCUUCAUACACAACUGAUUGAUUUAGAAAAUCAACACACCAAAGUGCAACUGGAAAAUUCUAAACUGAGAACAGAGAAAAAUCAUUGGGUGGAACAUAUUUCGCAAAUGCACAAACAGAUUGCUGAAAACCAGGACAUCAGUUUUCUGCAUAGCCAUGUUUAUAGCUUGUCGUGUGAUCUCAACAACUUGAAAUCUGAAGUCAAUAUGGCCUCUAUUCCUCAGAAGGAAAAGGGAACGUGAUCUCCAAUAUAUUAACAACAAAUUGUAGUUCAGUGAACUAAGAUGAAAAGUAGUUAAUUUUCCCUUAUAUAAAUAUCAUUCUUUGAAAAGUUUCUUUAAAUCAGAAAGUUGUGUUUUAUACAUGGUACUAUUUUUUUUAAAAAAAAUUUGCCUUAGAGAUCUUAAGAUUAACUAGGUUUUUUAUUUUAAAUAAUAUUUUAAGUAUUUGCAUAUUCUCAAGAUAUUAAAUAUUAAUUUCAAAAUAGUUUUAAUACUUUUCUGGUUAUUAAUGGAUCAAAUUCACUAUCUGAAAAGAAAUUGUCACAAAUCAGUACUAGUGAAAAAAUUGGACUUGUAUGGUAUUCUUAUUGACAUGAUUAUAUUUAGCACACAGCAAAACUGUGCAAUGUUUUCAUGAGAGCAAAUAAAUUACCUUUUUUAAAAGUCAGAAUUCUUUCCGUACUCGGCUUCCUAUAGGAUCAGAUUCAUUAACUCUUCACAAUAUCUCUAAUGGUUAGUGCCAUCUGAACCACCCUAUUCUGCAGACAUCGAGUCCAAAUUACCCCAUUUAUUUUCUAGAAAAAUAAAGAGGGGAAAUCUAAGCCUUUUAUACACAGAAUGUACAAACUUACAGCAGUACCAAGGGAAGAUCUUAGUGCCAGGUUGCUGUUGUACAUGUUCUACACAAUUCUCUCUACAGAAACAAUUCAGUAGAGAAUCUACUACUUAGUAUAGCCAUGCAAAUAAUUUGGAAGGGCACUUCAAUUCCCACAACUUUACAAUCAGGACAUCAUUCUAAAGAUUCCGUUUGACUGCUUCAAAAAUCUUCCCCUAUCUCCUGUUUUUCUUCACAGGCAGUUUCAGCAGAUCUUUUGUGCAUACAAAUGCAUGAACUGUCAAGCUGAGAAAGGGUUUAUAUGAAUCACUGGGUUUUACAUUUCUGUUCACUUGGCAAAUUGCUAUGAUUGAUCUUUCCCUGCCCCAACCCCAAUUAAUUUCCUAGCCCUACUACUCCUUUUAGCAGUUCUACUUGGUCUAUCUGCUAUUGAACAAAACAUAUAUGAAUUAUGAAUAUGUCAAAAUCUAGUCAACAGUCAAGAAAUUAAGACUGCUGUGGGGAUGCAUAUUAAGAGUUCCCAGGUUUUCUGGCUGACAAAACACUAUUGCAAGAAAAGAUAGUGACCCAUGAUUCAGCAUGUUCAAAUUAAUAAUACUAAGCAGCCUGUACAUCCAGUUAGACGGAGCUGAUGGAUUUCUAUCAUACACUUCUGCAUAAAUAGAAGCACAUGUACCAUGCUCUACUGGGUGCUAAAACAACGCACAUUUACAAAAAGUAUAUUUUUAAAAUAUAUUUUAAAAUGUUAUAAAACUCUGCAGACAUAUAUAAAGGGAAACUGAAAUUCAAAGGGGCUUAUAUAAACUAAUUUGAUUGAAAAAAUAAAACGGUAAGCAAAUUUGUGAUUUUAAGGCUAAUAGCCAGUCUAAACAAAGCAAAUACAUUACCGUAAUGCCAUAAUUCUUGUAAAGCUAUAAACAAAGUCCAGAGCUAAACUAAGGCACAUACCCCUUUAGGAGAGGAAGACUGAAGAGAUACCCAUCUACGUUUUUUCUUGCAGUUUCUUAAAUUGUAUGCAAUAGCUUAAAAUAUUUAGAUACAUUUUAAACUAUGGACUUUAUUCUUUUUAUUAUGCUUCACAUAUUUACACGUAACUUUUUAAAUUACUAUAUUUUGCUUUAGUUAUGUACGUUUUCAUAUCGUAACAGUGUAUUUAGGAAAUAAAGCUUGCUUAAAUAAACAUGCUUCUUGCCUGAAGCUAUUUUGGAAAAUUGCUUAAUAGUAGUAUAGCUAACCGUCCAAAUCCAGCUUAAACAAAGGUACUAGAUAGAUUGGUUUUUAAUAGCAGUGCAGAAUGUAUCCCAGAGAAAUCUAAGCCAAUUUGAGGACUGAUAUGGAAGUUAGGAUUCAACAAUAACCGAUUCUUAAUCUCUGGUUUAUA